AUGACUCCAGGAUCAGGAGUUUGGGGAUCGCUUGUAACAAUGACUUUCCAAGUUCUAGUUGAUCCAUCGGAGAUCACAUCCAUAUUCUCCAACACUGGAUAUAUUGCAUCUCUAACCAAGGUCAUCGAGUGUACAAUGGACACGAUCAAAAAUUCUUUGCUUCGCGAUCUUCUCGUCCUUACAAAUGGCAGUUGA